UGUUCUUGCACAUGGGAAGUUAUAUAUUUGAACACAAAUUCACCCUUUCAGGAUUUAAGGACUCUUGCGGCUUACGCACUUGCGCUGUUGCUUCUGGCAACAUUUGUGUCCUAUUCCAGGAGUGCGCCCAUGGGCAGUUUUCAGCGUCGGAAUUGGACGCCCCAAGCCAUGUUAUAUCUGAAGGGCACACAGGGACGCCGCUUUGUGUCAGAAGACCGAAAUGAAGGGGACUUGUAUGACACAAUACGCUUGGAGUCACAAAGCCAAAACACAGAGAACCUGAGCAUCUCUAAAGCGGCUGCAUUUCUCUUAAAUGUUCUCCAGCAAGCCAGAGACGAGGGUGAGCCUUACUGAAACCAGCUCAAAGACCGCCAACAACUCACUCUUUCAUCUGAA